AUGCUCGCUGUCGGACGCGCCUCGCUGCCGGCUAUGGCCUCUGAUAGGCCUGACGAUCAAUCUGAGGAAAAGAUCGAGCACACUGGACCUGAUGUCAUCCAGCCCCAUGCUCUCAUCGACCACCUGCUUCCACAACAACUUGGCCGAGGAGUGCUUAUUCCUCUGAAGACGACUUUGGAAAUCCGACAAGACCACACCAUUGUUCAGGCUUUGAUCACGAGGGCUCCAUCUACGUCUACUAACAAUGUCGUCAAUCUGAUCCGCUCGAUGCUCCCUGAAGGCGUGGCUAACAACUUGCCUCACUUGCGAAGAUGUGCGAAGCCAGCGGAUAUCCCGGCUCAUCUCAAAACACAGUUCAUGAACGACUCCCCCGAAGGCCGCCAAGUCCACACGGGUAAAUCCACCUGGAUCUACAUCAUGCUUGGUGAAGAGAAAGACUUCGAUAAGCACGACUUGGUCGCAAAGCUGGGAGCCAUCGAAGGAAUGGAUGAGAGCGUCUUCCUCACCAAGAUUCCGAUUCCCAUGGUACCGCCUACUUCUCAGGUGCAGGCAGCUAUGUGGACCUCGCAGUUCUGGCCUACGGUGUAUAGAAAGAACAACCCUCUUGGACCGCACCCUAGCAUGGUGGGACGAUCAACGGAAACCAUCAAGGAUGAGACAUCUCUGUGGAUGACCUUGGCCCAUCGUGUCGCCUUCCAGGCAAAGAAGGCGGGUAUCGGUGAACCCAUGGGUGCCGUCAUCGUCCAGCGCGAAGGGGGAAAAUCCCACCUCGUAGCGGUUGCCGGAGAUGCUCGUUGGCACCAGGAGCCCAAUAGAAGCGGUACCGGCAACCCCAUGGGUCACUGCGUGCUCAGAGCUAUCAGCAUGGUGGCGCAGAAGCUUGUGCGACACGAGAGACGUGCAGCCGGCCGCUCCCACGUGCCGGCUAUCCUUGAAUACGACACUUUUCAAGAUCUUCCGCUCUUGGAAGACGAGCUUACGGUCCAUGAAGACGAGCAUCCCAACGCGGACGGCUACCUGUGCCACGGUAUGGAGAUGUACCUAACUCACGAGCCUUGCGUCCAAUGCUCGAUGGCUAUCCUUCACUCGCGGAUGGGCAAGGUCGUCUUCGCUCAACGCAUGCCACUUACUGGGGGCAUGUGCUCGGAAGAUCGAGGACAUGGCCAUCCCGAGCUGGAGAACUGCGGUGGAGGCGAGGGUCUUGGCCUCUUCUGGAGACGUGAGCUGAACUGGAGCUUGUUGGCGUGGGAGUGGGAAUCGAGCGACUGCGUGGGACCUUUGCCGCCGGUUGAUCACAGAGUCCAUGCUUAG